AAAAAAAAAAAAAAAACUCAAUCGCAAACUUAAUUCCAUGAAUCUUUGGUGGAUAAAUGCAACGACUCAGCAACAGUUUACCUUGAUUUCUAUAGUUUAAUUCAUAUUUUAUUGUGUAGAAGCAUCACAAAAGGGCCUUUUAGCAAGUUUUUCAGCUUCACUGCUCCUGAACUCUGCCUUGGAAAAUAUUAGGUAAUUAUCUCUGGACAAAAGGUGAGAUACUGAAAGUCAAUGUUUACCAACCUCACGCCUCUUGUCUGGACUAUCGUUUCUUCUUCUUGCUAUAUUAUUGACAAUGCUUCCACAUAUAUGAUGGAUAGCUUUGGGAAUAGAGGACUUUCUUGCAGGUUUCCCUGGUGGGAUCGUAGCUUCUUUUGUUUUGCUGUUGAUUGAAACCAAGUAGGAGACAUGUUCAUUAAUGGAGCAAUUCUUCCAUUUACUGCAAAAUGCCAGUCUCUCUGUCACUGCAUGAAAGAAACCAACUGCACCUUAUCAUAUGCUUUUUUGUGUAUCAAGCUUUAAUACCAUUAUUUUAUCUUUCGUUUAGUUCACUUGAAAUGAAACAACUCGGUUUAAUUCAUGAAAUUUUUUAGAGACAAUGCUGGUAGCCAUUAUACCAAGUCAGAACUUUUGUAUUUGGGCCGCAAAAAAUGUGACAUAUGAUGGAUUUGCCAUUAAUUUGAAGGUGGGGUUUGAAUCCUACUUUGUGGUACAGUGGCAUAGUUGUUAUUCUUUUGCAUAAAAUGUAUUCAUAUGUUGUGUCAUAUGUUGCUUGCCUUUAGUAUGUGUAUCAAAUUCCACAAGGACUAAUGAAUCUCGGUGGGGACCCUGGGGAUAAAAGAGAAAAAGAAGAAUGUCUUUAUUUACUUGAGUUUUUAUGUGCCUAUUGUUGCAUUCCUUCUUCAGAUUUUUGGUUCCUUUUCCCGUAAUGCCUAUUUCUUCCAUCUUUCUACUAUUUUGUUGUGUGUAUCCCUGAUUUAAAUUAUGUUUGACAGGCAUGAAGCAGAGCUGAUAAAAACAGUUGUUACAAUGGUUUUGUCAGAGCUGAAAAAGACCUCCUUGGUCAUUACAGAUUUCCUAGUUGGAAUUCAAGAUCACAUAAAAAAAAUGGUGAAGUUGUUAGAUGUUUCAUCAAGGGAAGUGCGGAUUGUGGGGAUCCAUGGCAUUGGCGGCAUUGGCAAGACGACUAUUGCCAAGGCUAUCUACAAUGAAAUAUCUUGUCACUUCGAAAAUUGUAGCUUCCUUGAAGAUGUCCGAGAAACGUGUCAACAACACAAGGGGCUGGUUCAGUUGCAAAAGCAGCUGAUCGCUAAUAUUCUGAAACGGAAGGAUGUGGACAUUACUAGUGUUGAUGAAGGAGUCAAUAUGAUCAAAGAAAGAUGUUGCAAUAAGAAAGUUCUCAUUGUCCUUGAUGAUGUAGAUAACUUGGAUCAACUAAGAAAAUUAGCACACAAGCGUGAUUGGUUUGGUUUGGGAAGUCGGAUCAUAAUUACAACAAGGGAUAAACAUAUUCUAAAUGGACCUGAAGUAGAUGAGAUGUAUGAGCCUUGUGAACUAGAUUGUAGUCAAUCUUUUAAGCUUUUUAGCAUGCAUGCUUUUAGAAGGGACCGACCUCCAGCUGACUACAUGGAUAUCUCAAUAGAUGUAGCUCAAACUGCUGGAGGGAUUCCUUUGGCUGUUGAGGUCAUAGGUUCCUAUUUAUCUGGCAAGAAUAAAGCAGUAUGGGAAGAUACAUUAAAGAAAUUGAGAAAAAUUCCCCAUGAUCAAGUCCAGAAAAAGUUGAGAAUAAGUUAUGAUGGAUUAGAUAAUGAACAGAAACAAAUAUUUCUUGAUAUUGCCUGUUUUUUCAUUGGAAUGAGUAAAAGAAUUGCAGUUUACUUCUGGGAUGCCUGUGGAUAUUUUCCUCAAGAAGGAAUCGACAUUCUUCUUCUCCGGUCUCUAGUAAAGAUUGGUGUCAAUGAUGAGCUGAAGAUGCACAGUCAGCUCCGAGAUCUUGGUAGGGAAAUUGUUCGUAGGGAAAAUUUCCAGGAGCCGGGGGAGCGUAGUAGGUUGUGGUUCCAUGAUGAAGCUUGGGAUGUAUUGAAGACUUGCACGGGAACUCGAAAAGUCGAAGGCCUGCGCGUUGGCUUUGGAAAUGGAUCGGAGAAGAAUAUUGUUACGAAUGAAGAAUUCGCUGAAAUGUCAAAACUACGGUUUCUCCAAAUAGAUUAUGUGAUCAUUGCAGGAGACCUUAAGCAUCAUCUUUCAAAGUUGAGAUGGCUUAGUUGGAAAGGAUGUCCUUAUAAUUUUACACCAACCAAUUUUCAUCCUGAAAAAUUAGUUGUUCUUGAUUUAUCACGGAGCAAAGUCACAGAAGAUUGGGAGGGUUGGAAUCAGAUGAAGAUGGCAAAAAAGUUGAAAGUUAUCAAUCUUUCAGGUUGCUAUGACCUAAUAAAAACACCAGAAUUUUUACCCUUCCCACUUUUGGAGGAAUUGAUUCUUGAAGACUGUAGUAAUUUGGUUGAGAUUGACACAUCCAUUGGAUAUCUCAAGUGUUUGGUUUUCUUGAAUUUGAAGGACUGCAAAAGCCUUGUAGAUCUUCCAAUCAGUAUUUGUGGGCUAAAUUCUCUUGAAAGUCUUAUUAUGAGCGGCUGCACUAAACUAAGCAGGUUGCCGGCAGGAUUGGAUUCAUUGAAAGCUUUGAGAGAGCUUCAAAUUGAUGAAACUUCCAUAGGACAAUUAUCCGAUUCCAUAGCCCUUCCAAAAAAUCUUGAAAUUCUAAGUGCGAGAAACUGUGGAUUUUUGACUGUAUUGCCUACUUUAAUUGGCCGACUAAGAUUCCUGACAGACCUUGCAUUGGAUAAGUCACAAAUUGUUGUGUUGCCAGACUCAAUUGGAUCCCUCUUGAAACUACGGCGUUUGUCAUUGCGUGAUUGCAGAUCAUUGAGAAAAAUUCCAGAUUCAAUUGGGCAAUUGGAGUCAUUAGUUGAGCUCAACUUGAUUGAUGCAGUAAUUACAGAGCUACCAGAUUCGAUUGGUCACCUGAAAUCCUUGAUAGAUGUUCAAUUGGAUGGAACGCAAAUCAUUGAGCUACCUGAGUCUGUUGGACUGUUGGUCAAUCUUGAAAAGUUGUCAUUGUCUGGUUGUAGAUCAUUGAGAAAAAUUCCUGAUUCCAUUGCAAGACUUGGAUCACUAGAUGAUCUUAACUUGAGUAGGACGGGGAUUACUGAGAUACCCGAUGCAAUUGGCGAGCUAAAAUCCUUGACAGAUCUUAAAUUGGGAGGCACGCAAAUCAUUGAACUUCCAGACUAUUGGAUUGCUUACGAUGCUGCAAGGCUUAUCAUUACAUAAAUGUGGAUCCUUGAGAAGGAUUCCAGAUACCAUUGGCAGAUUGGAAUCACUACUUGAUCUUAACUUGUUCGGGACAAAAAUUACAGAGAUACCUGAUACAGUUGGUCAUCUAAAAUUUCUCAUUGAUCUUAAAUUGGAUGGCACUCA